GUUCGCCGCAGCGGGAUGGAGGCUGCGCGCGUGGAGCGCCCCGCAGGCUGGCCCGGGGCGCCCCUCGCCGGGACCGGACUCCUGCUCCUGUGGACGUGGGUUCUGGCGGGCGCCGAGAUCACUUGGGGCCCGACGGGCGGCUCGGGGCGCCUCGGGGCUCCGGCUUCGGGGCCGCCGGCGCUUCCUCUCCUCUCGCUGAGGGCAGUGGCGAGCCAGUGGCCGGGGGAGCCGAUGGCCGCGCGGAGAACCGCCGCACCCGGUCGCUGGCCGAGGGGCGGCGAGAUGCAGGCUGAAGCCCGGGGGACGUCGCCUCCAGGCGCGCCGUGGGUCCGAGGCGCCCCGGCACCUGCCAAGCGGGGCGGCGCGAGGAGGAGUCGCCGGGCGCAAUCGCCCAGCGCCCUGGAGCUCGGAGACACCCGGGCCACUGCAACGGCUGAAGGCGCCAAAGGAAGCCGCCCUCUGGCCCAGGGUCGUCGGGAGGAGGUGCGCGCGACGCGGACUGGGGGCCCGGCCGCCGAGGAGCUCCGUCUGCCCAGCACCUCGUUCGCGCUGACCGGGGACUCGGCCCACAAUCAAGCCAUGGUGCACUGGUCGGGGCACAACAGCAGUGUCAUACUGAUCCUGACGAAGCUGUACGACUUCAACCUGGGGAGCGUGACGGAGAGCUCUCUAUGGAGGUCAACAGACUACGGCGCCACCUAUGAAAAGCUGAACGACAAAGUGGGUUUGAAGACUGUUCUCAGUUACCUCUAUGUCAAUCCCACCAACAAAAGGAAGAUCAUGCUUCUCAGUGAUCCGGAGAUGGAGAGCAGCAUAUUGAUCAGCUCUGAUGAAGGGGCAACCUAUCAAAAGUAUCGGCUUACCUUCUACAUCCAGAGCCUGCUCUUUCAUCCCAAGCAAGAGGACUGGGUGCUGGCCUACAGUUUGGAUCAAAAGCUCUAUAGCUCCAUGGACUUCGGAAGACGGUGGCAAGUCGUGCACGAACGGAUCACACCUCACAGGUUUUACUGGUCGGUGGCUGGACUGGACAAGGAGGCGGACCUGGUGCACAUGGAGGUGCGCACGGCAGAUGGAUAUGCUCAUUACCUCACCUGCAGGAUCCAGGAGUGUGCCGAGACCACUCGGAGUGGCCCCUUUGCCCGCUCCAUUGACAUCAGCUCCCUGGUUGUCCAGGAUGAGUAUAUCUUCAUUCAGGUAACAACAGGAGGAAGAGCCAGCUACUACGUGUCCUAUCGAAGAGAGGCCUUUGCUCAGAUAAAGCUGCCCAAGUACUCCCUGCCCAAGGACAUGCACAUCAUCAGCACAGAUGAGAACCAAGUGUUCGCAGCCGUCCAAGAGUGGAACCAGAACGACACGUACAACCUCUACAUCUCAGACACACGGGGGAUCUACUUCACGCUGGCCAUGGAGAACAUUAAGAGCAGCCGAGGUCUAAUGGGAAAUAUCAUUAUUGAACUGUACGAGGUAGCAGGCGUCAAGGGGAUCUUCCUGGCAAACAAGAAAGUGGAUGAGCAGGUGAAGACAUACAUCACUUACAACAAAGGCAGGGACUGGCGCCUGCUGCAAGCUCCAGACUCGGACCUGAGAGGAAGCCCAGUGCACUGCCUGCUGCCCUUCUGCUCCUUACACCUGCACUUGCAGCUUUCUGAAAACCCGUAUUCUUCAGGAAGAAUCUCCAGCAAGGAGACAGCCCCAGGACUUGUGGUGGCCACAGGCAACAUUGGUCCGGAGCUGUCCUACACUGACAUUGGAGUGUUCAUCUCCUCUGAUGGCGGGAACACAUGGAGACAGAUCUUUGAUGAAGAGUACAAUGUCUGGUUCCUAGACUGGGGUGGCGCCCUCGUGGCCAUGAAACACACUCCUCUGCCAGUAAGGCACCUGUGGGUGAGUUUUGACGAGGGCCGCUCCUGGGACAAGUAUGGCUUCACUCCGCUUCCUCUUUUCGUGGAUGGGGCUCUGGUGGAGGCAGGCGUGGACACCCACAUCAUCACAGUUUUUGGCCACUUCAGCCUCCGCUCCGAGUGGCAGUUGGUGAAAGUAGACUACAACUCCAUCUUUAGCCGGCGCUGCACCAAGGAGGACUAUCAGACAUGGCACCUGCUCAAUCAGGGAGAACCUUGUGUCAUGGGAGAAAGGAAAAUCUUCAAGAAACGCAAGCCAGGAGCUCAGUGUGCCCUAGGCCGGGACUACUCAGGGUCGGUGGUCUCAGAACCCUGUGUCUGCGCUGACUGGGACUUCGAGUGUGACUAUGGCUAUGAGAGACACGGAGAGAGCCAGUGUGUCCCCGCUUUCUGGUAUAACCCAGCGUCCCCCUCAAAGGACUGCAGUCUUGGGCAAAGUUACCUUAACAGCACCGGGUACCGGAGAAUUGUGUCCAACAACUGCACAGAUGGACUGAGAGACAAGUAUUCUGCCAAGGCCCAGCUGUGUCCCGGAAAAGCCCCUCGGGGCCUCCACGUGGUGACAAACGAUGGGCGCCUGGUGGCCGAGCAGGGGCACAAUGCCACCUUCAUCAUCCUCAUGGAGGAGGGUGACCUUCAGAGGACAAAUAUCCAGCUUGACUUUGGAGAUGGGAUUGCUGUGUCCUAUGCUAACUUCAGCUCCAUCGAGGAUGGCAUCAAGCAUGUGUAUAAGAGUGCAGGGAUCUUCCAGGUGACAGCCUAUGCGGAGAACAACCUUGGCUCAGAUUCCGCUGUCCUUUUCCUGCAUGUGGUUUGUCCCGUGGAGCAUGUUCACCUGCGAGUUCCAUUUGUUGCCAUAAGAAAUAAAGAGGUCAACAUCAGUGCCAUUGUGUGGCCGAGUCAGCCGGGAACCCUAACCUAUUUCUGGUGGUUUGGCAAUAGUACGAAGCCCCUCAUCACCCUGGACAGCAGCAUUUCCUUCACCUUCCGGGCAGAGGGGACCAACACCCUUACGGUCCAGGUGGCGGCUGGGAAUGCCCUCAUCCAGGACACAAAAGAUAUUGCAGUUCACGAAUACUUCCAGUCCCAGCUGUUAUCCUUCUCUCCCAACCUGGAUUACCACAAUCCUGACAUUCCAGAGUGGAGGCUGGACAUUGGCAGUGUCAUCAAGAGGGCGUUGGUUAAAGUGACCGGCGUCCCCGAAGACCAGAUCCUCGUGGCUGUGUUCCCUGGCCUCCCUACCUCUGCAGAGCUUUUCAUCCUGCCACCCAAGAACUUGACAGAGAGGAGGAAAGGCCAUGGCGGGGACCUGGAACAGAUUGUAGAGACCUUGUUUAAUGCUCUAAACCAAAACUUGGUCCAGUUCGAGCUGAAGCCAGGGGUCCAGGUCAUUGUGUAUGUUACACAGCUGACAUUAGCCCCGCUGGUGGACGCCAGUGCGGGGCACAGCAGCUCAGCCGUGCUAAUGCUCCUGUCCGUGGUGUUCGUGGGCCUGGCUGUAUUUCUGAUCUACAAGUUCAAAAGGAAAAUUCCCUGGAUUAACAUCUAUGCUCAAGUUCAGCAUGACAAGGAGCAGGAGAUGAUCGGGUCGGUGAGCCAAAGUGAAAACGCACCCAAAAUCACACUCAGCGACUUCACCGAGCCGGAAGAGCUGAUGGACAAAGAGCUGGACACCCGGGUCAUCGGAGGCAUUGCCGCCAUUGCGAACAGCGAAAACACGAAGGAGAUCCCCAACUGUACCAGUGUUUGACACCAACAAGCCACGUGCUCGGCCACCUUGCCGACAUUUUAUUUUUGAUGACUUCUAUUAUUAUCAUUAUUGUUAUUAUUGUUGUAAUUAUGGAAAAAUGAAACUGUCUUUUUUACCUUUUGUUUACUAAGGGCCCCCUUAUAAAUAGCAGGCAGAUACUUAGCUCUGGGAGAAAGGAGUGUGCUUAGCUGAUUAAAAUGAGACAGAAAGAAUGAGUGACUACAUCUGUGCUAAGGGCAAAGGAUGCAUCUCCUGUCAGCCUCCUUGCUUUAUUCUGCCAUUGGUAGUGCAAAGGCUCUCCUUUUCCUGCUCUCGCUCUCUCAUUUUAAGUAGGGUUGGCUUUUUGUUAACUCUUGUCUGUCCACACCCUCACUCGAAUUGUCAUCACCCCUGUCCUGCCCCUGGGACACAGGUCCGACACUCACCAUCUGUCAGUCAGAGCUGCCAGAGGCAGGCUGGUGGGAAGGGCACACAGCUGCAGAAAGUGUGCACACCUUCCUGAGAGCAAGCGGCCCUGCCUCGUGCAUGUCAACAGUGAGGCUGCGGACAGCUGAUUGUACA